AUGGUCCUGCGAUGGCUCGUCGUCGCCCUCGCGGCCGUGGACGGGAAGAAGCGGGAGCGGCACGGCGCGGACGUCGCGUCGUGGGUGCGCGACCGCACGCACCACCUCAACGCCAGCGAGGAGGCCGGCGACGAGUCGCGCUUCGCCGGCACCUACGAGUGCCCGGACACGGGCGAGGCCUACAGCGCGGCCUUCCUCUGCACGCGGGCCGUCUUCCUCAAGUCCGAGGUCGCGGAGAAGCGCCUCUUCGAGGGCGCGGCGAACAUGGAGGGCGCGUCCAACGCCAUGUUCCGCAAGAACCGGCUCCUGAAGACCGUCGACAUGUUCGACUUCUUCAUCGAGCACCUCUCCUGGUACGAGCGGCGCUUCAAGGCCGACGCCGACAGCUUAAGGGCGCGGACGCUGCGGCGGCUCAGGGAGUGGACCUACCACGACAGCGCGGCCGUGAACCCGUCGGGCCGCGCGCGCGACGACGUCGUCGUCAUCAUGCCCUACUACGCGACGGCCGGCGGCGACAGCGGCCACAGCGCCCUCGAGAGCCGCCGCGCCUACCUCAAGCUCACGCUCGAGUCCCUGAAGCCGACCUUCCCCAAGUACACGGUCUGCGUCGCGACGGAACCGGACCACGCGUACGUGACGGACGCGGCGAACGGCCUCGGCUUCUACGACGUCCUCAAGCGCUUCGACAUCACGAAGCCGUCGCGCCUGGGCUUCGCCACGCUCUACACGGCGCAGCAGGCCCUCCAGCACGACCCGCGGUGGGCCGGCUUCAAGUUCGUGUUCUACACGGAGAGCGACCAGAUCCUCCACGUCCGCGACGUGAACCAGCUGCUCCACAUCGCGGGCAACGGCGCCGUGCCCAACCACGUGCUCCCGCACCGCGUCAUGCCCGCGCCGCGGCGCCGCGACAUGGGGCCCGAGCCCCUCGACUGGACGGGCCACCCGGGCGCGGACAGUCUCAACGCGGAGUCCGGCGACGCGCCGAAGAAGCCCGGCAAGGCCAAGGCCCGCCGGGGCUUCCGCCACGCGCCCGGCGCCAUGGCCCUCGCGGAGUUCGCGCUCAACGACGCCAAGGCCCUGCACCGCGUCGUCGACGUCACGAAGGCGAGCUGCUGCUUCGAUCGCGCGCCGUGCGCGAAGCACCGGAGCCACUGGAAGAACGGCCGCGACCGCGCCGUCGAGCUCUUCCAGAUCGCCGACCCGGCGUCGAGCCCGAGCGACGAGGCGCCGGGCGACUCCUUCGCGCUCAUCGCGGGCGAGGGCAACUUCCUCCGCCAGCACUUCCGCGUCUGCGCCGUCAACGCGGACGCGCGCGACUUUUGCCACGACCAGAAGGCGCCCCGGCGCUGCUAG